CUCCAAAUCAAAAAGAACACACCUGUUCAUGUUUAAUCGCCAAAACAGUUGGGCCAUCAAGAGGUGAACCUAACUAAGUUAGUGGUAGAAACUGCUUAGAAUUCUUGUUUAAAAGUCAUCAGGAUUGCUCUCAUGGGGCAAAUUAAGGGAAAAAGAUUUUUUUCCUAACAUUUCUAAAGUAUCCAUAACCAUCUGAGAUAACACGGUAUUCCAGAAGAGGAGGAGGGAAGGAGCGGAUCCCAGCAUGCAAUUCCCAGAGCAGGGUUCAUGUCCCCCAGGUCUUUGGAGAGCUGAAGUGCUCCUCUCUCUUCCUCCCGGUAGUGGGCGCUCACUAGUGCUCCGACAGCAAAGCAUCUCACAGACUAAUUCGAGUAGUGACGUUUGAGAUUCUCCGCACCAGAGUAUUUCAGUUUACGAAGGAGGUAAACUGGAUAGGCAUGUUUCCUUAGGAACUGCUUUUGAGUGGAAGGAUUUUAGGGACACGCGUCGGAUCUCCUGGGGCGGGUUUCCUUGUCCUCAAUUCUUAACCACAACAAUAGCUUCCAUUGCUUGGGUGCCUACUUUGUGCUAAGCAUUUUAGUACAUUCAGGGAGUCCAACUACCCUAUAAAAGGUGAGUUUAUUUUACAGAUCAAGAACUCCAAACUCAGGUAAGUCAGCUAGCUUGCCUAGAAUCACCUGCUAGCGAGGGGCAAAGCGCUCACGCGCUUCCAGACUGGGUUCUCUACCUGAUCCUUGAAGGUGAAUAGUCUACAGAAGUGAGUUUUCGGAGCACGAGAAACGCCGAAUCCAAGAGGCAUUGAGUUCGUCCAGCCAGGUGUUCUUUCAGCUCCUGGGAAACCGUUCUCCCUGCUUCGGGCUUAGAUCUCAAUGAUGCCUCUUCCCCACGUGUGCAUGAGCUCACCUGCCACUCGCCCUGCAGUCCCUUCUCCGGCUCACCCCCACCCCCGCCCCGCCCCGCCCCGCCAUUUCUUCCCAGUCUCCAGCGUCAGGGGCGCUCACCAUUGGAUGGGAAAGCUACGAAGCCCCGCCUUAGAAUGCUGAUGGCCUACAUAAGACGGCACCGUCGGCGGAAGAGAAGUAGCAGCACAGGAGGUGCGCGCUGCCUCGGCUCUGCCAGUAGCACGCCAGUUUCUGAGCCGGCGACGGUACGCCUUGCGCAGCAGCCCAUGCUACCCUCUGCUGGUUACUUUUGCCACUUCCCGUGCCCUUUUGACAGCCCCAGGGGUGGAUGUCAGCGUUUGCACUGCCAGUUCAGACACCUGGAGGCGCAGUGGGAGCUGGCUGAGGCAAGUAGGUCCAGCCCCUUGGAAGAGCUCCAGGUGCACAGGAGUCCUGUAGAGUCCAAGGGUACAGCCAUGGAAGAAUUAGAAAAAAUCAACAAAGAAAUUGAGGCCGUCAGGACGGAAGUUGAAGAAAGCCAGAGGAGCCCCGUGAAUUUUACUUUAGCGCUUGAAGAACUAACUCAGAGCCCUGUGGCCUCCUUGAAUAACACAAAUGUGAACCAAGAUUUUCCUAAAAAUGACCUGCUGCCAGAGGAGAGAUGGAAGGAGCCAUCAAGGAACAAAGACAGUCAGCUUAGAACGUAUGUGAUGGACCACAAAUGUCCAGCAACUGAUCUUGAAUAUGAUCCUUUGCCCAAUUAUUCUGCGGAGUUGCUUGGGACAUCAAAAGCAGAGCAGGAUGAGACUGACCAACAGAACUGCCAGUUGAAAAAAUAUGUGGGUGAAAAUUGCCUCCUGCCCCUCAAAAGCCAAAAACCUUUUUCACUAAUAAGAAUUAAAAUAAAUCUUCAAGACUCUGAUGAUGAUGAACUUGUAAUAGAUGCACCACCACUCAUGCCUACUUCUAAGAAAUCGAAACUAUUUAGAGGCUCCAAAUGUCAGAAUAAAGAUAAAAAGGUAAAUAUCACACCCCUGGAGGAGAAGAAUCUUCAGAUUAGUGCCCCAGAAGAGAAAAAUACAGGCAAAUCCCAACUAACCACACAAAUAGAUGACAGGCACACAUCGGAACCACCCCCGUUACUCAUGGAAACACCACUAGAUAUGAAAAAUAAUGUGGUCUUGAAUCCUGUUAAAACCCAUACGUCUAAGAAGGGAAGCUUUGGUUAUGAAAAGGAUAGCUAUAUCUUAGAAGAAGGUCACAAAAAAACCCUGAAGGAUAGUCAUAAUGAACAUUAUGUAAAGAGCCAGAAAUAUUUCAAAUCGUUUUAUGAUACUCAAAACAAAGAAACUGAAUGUCCAUACUCACUAGGCCGGUCCCAGAUUUCUUGUUCAGAUGAACGUGCAAAAGACAGAGUGCUCAGAGCACAAAACAAUCGUCAGGAGUCCACUGCAUUUGCAGAUAGCAAGGUAACUGAGUGGGAAUCUGGUAAUGAACCUGCUGCCGUUGACAUCGCCCCUGACUCUGGCAACACCAUGAAGGCAUGUCCUCGAAUUCCCAGUGAGUCCACAGAAAAUGAAGCUCACAAAAAGACAAAGCAGGCUUCAGGAAAUCAAGAUAUGUUGAAUUACAGAAGCACUUCUGGGCCAAAGAAGAGAAUUGCACACACUGCCAAAUUUGAUGUUCCAAGCAGUAAAGAGAUCGUUAGCUCGUUCCGGGGACCAGUCCCUCCACCGGCUACCCGCACUGGAAUCCUUCGAGCCCAGCAGCAGGCAGGGCAGAUGCAGGCUGCCGGGAAGAGUGGCCAGGCCUUUGCUGCUGCCACUUCAGAACACAGGAAGAGUGCGUUUGCCUGUCCAGCCUCCCAGACUCGGAGGAAAGAAAAUUCCUUCACAUCAAACAGCAUUCAGCUGGACAUGGCUCUUUCAAAGGAAAAUCCAUCUGGAAAAACAUGCAAAUCGCAUAUUCCUGUGAGAAGCAUUGCUGCUUUUCCUGUGAAGAUGCCAAAAUACACAGUGGCUCAUCGGAAGUGGACUUCAGUGACAUCCGAGUCCUCUAAAGUCCCUGAUGAAGUCAGACAGCGCUAUGUCAGUCUCUUUGUGGAAAGGUAUCUGGACGUUUGUCAGACAAAGGAUGAGGCUCUUAACAAGGCUAAAAUAGAAGAAAAAGCUAUAUAUGAAAGAUGUGGCAGUAGAAAUAUGUAUGUGAACAUAGCAGUGAAUACUCUGAAGAAGCUAAGAGAGCAAGCUAUGUCUGGAAGCGGUAACAGUGAGACAACUGGGUUUCAAAAGUGUGAGAAGAAAAAUGUGCUCACAGGAGUUACUCUGUACAGACAUCUUAGAAACCACCUUCUAACUGAAGAACAGCUGCGUGAAAAUAACUACCCUCGGCCCAACCCUGACAAACCUGGAUGCGUUCUUUUAAAUCCAUGCAUGACAAAAACUUCUGUAAAUGAUGCUUCUAAGAAGAUCUGCUGUCGAUGUGGCAAAAUAUAUGACGUGACUCCCUCGGGCAAACACAGUAGGGUAGAAGAAUGUUACUACCACUUUGGCCAAGUACGAAGUCAUAAAGUCCUUGAUGGCUUAGAAUCUCGAUACAGCUGUUGUGGAGGAGUGCUUGGAUCCCCUGGGUGUCAGGAGUCCAAGCUUCAUGUUCAUGACCAAAAAGAAAACCUAGAGGGUUUUGUGAAGACUUCCGUCAAAAUCCCACCUGCUGAUGGUAACUAUGGCGUGUUUGCAGUAAAUUGUGAGAUGUGCUAUACAGUCAAAGGCUUGGAACUUACUCGAGUGACAGUGGUUGACUCCAGCUUCCAGAUGGUCUGUGAUACAUUUGUGAAACCUGAUGAAGAAAUCAUUGACUAUAACACUAGGUUUUCUGGUGUGGUAGAAGAUGACUUGAAGAACAUUAGAACCUCCAUCCGUGACGUGCAAGCCAUCCUGCUGAACUUGUUUAGUGCAGAUACCAUACUAAUUGGACACAGCUUUGAACAAUGUCUGUAUGCUCUUAAGCUAAUUCACACUUGCGUUGUGGACACAACAGUUAUGUUCCCUCAUCGGCUAGGUCUGCCUCACAAAAGAUCCCUUGGGAGUCUAGUGGCUGACUACCUGCAGAGAAUCAUUCAGGAUGAUGGUCACAAUACUAGUGAAAAAGCAAAAGCUUGCAUGGAGUUGGUCCUUUGGAAAGUGAAAGAAGACCUGAAAGGAAAGAAGAUUCACCCUGCCCUAGAACAUCUUUAGUCUCUGCCAUGCCUCCUCAGUGAUGCCGCUGGCCCCUACUGCUGGCAGUAGGGUGUGGUCUGUAAUGAGCCGGGUUUCUCGACACUUCCAAAGAGAAGAGGAGGAAGAAAGUACUGUUGUGGUUUAUUUAUUACAUUUUAAACGUUAGCUUCUCAUAGUGAUUUCCAAAGUUGGAACUGGGGUGAGGGUGGGAGGGGCGUUCUGAGGAAUGAAGUGUUUCGAUUUCAGCUUAUCUUCCUAGUGUUCCGCUUCAGAUUGUGAAUGCGAGUGGGAAAUGGCUUCGACCUGAAGUACGAAGUCUAUGACUUUGAUAAAGGCCACUCCUCACAGUACCUACACUUCUUUGUGUCCCUUGAAAGCCAAAACCAUCAUGUUGCUCCAAGUUCUAAAUACCUUUACCUAAAAGUUGUGGUUUUCUUUAGGCCUCCUAUACACACAUAGAAAUAGACUUUUUCUCCCUCAAGAGUUUAUAUUUAAGUAAAUGUAAAAUUUCCAGUGUACUCUGUUGAUAUAAAGUUUUGAUUAUUUGG